CUCCAGCACCGUAAACGUCUGAAAUCUUGGCUUGUACACUGUACCGAAACUAGAACUGGUCGCAGUUUACGCUAGCAAGCUGACCCCAUUUUCACAUAGUGGUGUUAAGCAGCAAAUGCGUUGAAAACAGUACGCGUCACUCAGAUUAGAACGCUGCAACGUUGCUGGCAACGUUGAAUGUUUUCACGCAAACCAAACCGGUACUCUGCGUUUUGAAGUUUCGUAAUGCGGAUAUGAAUCUGGUGUCCAGUAUGAUGCGUCGGCACAUCGCGAAAUAGUUUCGAGCGAUAUCAGAGCCUUUGUGGCCCCUGGCCGCCAGCGCGGACGUGAGGAGAUAGCGCCUGGUCUGGACUGUCGGAACAGACAGAAAUAAGAUGGAGCGGAUAAAGGAGGACUUGUCGCACGCGUUCAGAAACCUGCCGCCUGGGACAUUGGCUGGGCUGGACGGCAUGUGUGACUACGUCUUCUGGCUCCAUGCAAUGCGGAGAGCCGAGGUGGAGGUUACGGAAGAUGGGUUGCGGAACAGGUUCCAGGAGAUUUGCAAGGCCGCCUCCAGCCGUCUGGCCUUCCUGGCGGGCAGCGGCGAGUACACGUCCUUCAACCUGCGCUACCUCAUCACGCAGCUGGUGGAGCAAUGCGAGGAGUCCCACGCGUACGGCCGCAAGUUGGAGCGACACAUGGCGCGGCUGAAGCAGCAGCUGGAGGGCGCAGAGGCGGAGCUGGUGGCGGCCCAGGCGCAGCACGCUCAGGCGCUGGCGGCCGCGCAGCAGCAGGCGAGGGCGGCGCCGCUGGACGCGGGCGACCAGGGCGCCAGCGGCUUGGACAUGGGCGGAGACGGCACCAUAGCGGCGGCCUUUGCCAGCCUCAUAGCCGAAGUGGAGUCCGCCCCCGAGCUGCCGCCGCCUGCCGGCAUCGCGGCUACCUCAGCUGCUGGCGGUGCCACGGGCGUCACACCGUCCCCCUUAAUGCCGCCGCCGCCACCCGCUGUGUCGGCGUCUUCCUCGGUGACGGUGACGGUGGCGGCGGCGAACCCCGUCAGCACCUCACUGACGUCAGCAGGGCUGCCGGGGCCAGCCGCCGCCGCCACCGCGGUGAACAGCGGCAGCAGCUACAGCGGCAGCGGCGACCCCGGCCUGCUGCUGCGGUUCCAGCCGAUGAUAGACACGCCCACCCUGAGCAGCGACCUGGACGGCUCGCCGCCGCACAUCAACGGCCUGGAGGCGCCCAUGUCGCUACACCGCAUACCCAACCACGUCGUGGGCCAGGGCAACAGCAACGGCAACGGCAACGGCGCAUUGGCCCCAGCCGCGGUUCCUGCUGCUGGUUUGUCGGACGGAAUGGCCUCACGGCCGCUGCCGUUUCAGAGCAACCUGAUGGGCCUGGGCGGCGCCAUCGGGGCCGGCGGCGUUGGGGGCGCAGGAGCUGGCGGCAUUGGUGGGCCGGCGUCAGCGGCAGCGGCAGCGGCAGCAUCAGGCCUCAGCGAAAUGCGGCUGCGCUUGGAGGCGGUGGCGGCGCGCCCCGGUGCCCUGAGCAUGGCGCCGCCUGGUGUGGGCCUGGGGGGCACUAGCUUGGGCGGCGGCAUGGUGGCCGGCAGCGCGGGCGUGGGGCAGAAGCGCCCACGCAUGUCGGUGUCAUGGGCGGCUGAGCAACAGCGGCCGCAGCAGCUGCAGCCGCAGCAGCGACUGCUGGGGGCGGCCCUGGAGGCCGCGCGGCCGCAGCCUCAGGGCUGGGAGCCAUGGCUUCAAGGCCUCGCGCAGCCGCAGCCGCAGCAGGCGCCGCUGCCACUGCAGCUGCCGCUCCAAGCACCGCAGCUCAUGCCGCAGCAGGCGCUAGCAGGUGCGGGGGGGAUGGACGUCCGGGGCCCCAGCCCGGGUCCCAGCCGGAGCGGCGGCAGCCGCGGCACGGAGACCGGGGUGCUGGGCUUGGGUGCCGACGUCGCGGACGGGGACUCCGGGAGGCUGUAGGAAGGACUAACCGGUGCGACGAAUAGUGGCCACGAGUAGCAGCGGCAUGAGCCGUUGGCGUGGAGGCCAGCACUUCCAGCAUUGGGGGGCGACGGCUAGCAACUUCGCGUCCGGGCG